AUGGCGGUUGUCAUUAUUGACUACGAUUACCUUAAAAAUAUAUGUCCAACGGAUAUUGAAAUAGUAUGCCACAACAGUAAAAACAGUAGCGUUGUGUGUGGACCAUCACAAUCCGUUCAAAAAUUUAUGAAAGAACUACAGGUCAAUAAUACUUACGCGAAAGAGAUCAACUGCAACGUACCGUUUCACAGUUCUUACGUCGCAACUGCGGAGAGUCAGCUUUUACUUAGUUUGAAUAAAAUAAUACCACGUCCAAAGAAACGGAGCUCAAAGUGGAUCAGCACUUCUAUACCUCGCACCGAAUG